GCCUGAAAGAAUUCCAACAUUCCGAAAGGAAAAGACCAUACAGAAGAAAAUGCUGUACGUGCCACGGUUUGUGGUUUUUGUUGCGUGCUUGCAGCACGUUCUGUGUUGGCAGUCCGCGUUCCUGGACCCGAAUGACAGGAUAGAGUUGAGCUGGGAUGUCGACGACGUCGCUGCUGAAAUAACUUUCAAUGUCUCCGCGAAAACCAAUGGCUGGGUCGGCGUUGGUUUCACUCCUUCCGGUGGGAUGAAAGAUGCUGACAUAAUUGUCAUGUGGAUCGCCGAUGGAGAAGUUCAUUUUAGCGAUCGACACGCGACAAGGCAACAAGUACCAAUUGUUGACGAAGUUCAAAACUAUGAACUCUUGGACGCGUCGGAAAUCGGUGGAACAACGUUCUUUAGUUUCCGUCGGUCUAUUGACACUUGCGAUAUCACUCAGGAUUAUUUUAUCGAGGACGGAACGUCGCAAAUAAUUUAUGCCUUCGGGGAAACUGACCCUGCUGGCAAUGAUCCGUCCCAACACCUCAACACAAAUCGUGGAGUCAGAUCAGUGCUGUUGCUUGAUGCUCCUCUCGGCGACAUUCCCGUCGACGAAACUGUGAAGACAAUCGAAUUCAGGAGCCCGUCAGUUCCUGUUCCAUCCACAGCAGACACUACGUAUUGGUGCAGUAUGCACAGAGGACCAGUCAUCGAUAAACCUCACCAGUACAUCGGCAACAAGGCUAUUGUCCAGAAGGGAAACGAGAAUAUUGUUCAUCAUUAUGCGUUAUACGAAUGUGAAUUGAACGAGGAGCAUAAUGCUGAGUACUUCGAGCAGCUUCUGGUCGAUUACGCCGGGGGUUUUUCAUGUUAUGAUCCGAAUUCUCCGAUUGGAGCUUUAACAUCAUGUCAAAGCCUUCGUGUCGUCUGGGCAACUGGCGGAAUCGGGGAUGUAUAUCCCGCGGAAGCUGGCUAUCCAAUCCAUAAAUCUACGGACAGUCCGCUUUAUUACAAGCUUGAAAUGCAUUAUGACAACGCAGCAUUCGAAGAUGGAAUCGUCGACUCAUCCGGGGUCCUCAUGUAUUACACUGAUAAUCUGCGGCCACACGAUGUUGGAAUUCUAGUCGCUGCAAUGCCAGUUCUGUAUGCCCAACUGAUCCCCCCUGGUGUCGAGGAAUUCGUCAGCGUAGGCCACGCAGCACCCGAAUGCACUGCCAAAUACAUUCCGGAAGAAGGAAUCAAUGUGUUUUCAAUUCUGCAUCACUCUCAUCUCGCAGGACGAAGAAUGCGAACCCGACUGUUCAGGAACGGAGCUGAGGAGCCUUGGCUGUUGAACGACAACCAUUAUGACUUCAACUACCAGCAAACGAGGUUGCUCUCGGAGGAAAGGAAACUUUAUCCCGGGGACCAGAUAACCGUCGAAUGCUACUUGAGCACUUCAAACAGGAAAAAGGCAACUCUCGGAGGUCUCAGCACAUAUGACGAAAUGUGCGAGUCUUUCAUAUUGUAUUACCCCGCAAUGUCUCUGGGUUUUGGGGAAAGUCAUCCAUCUCUUGAAUACAUCCACGAAAUUUUCGGUUUCGAAAACGUCACUAUGAACAUUGACACCAUGGAGUACUGGGUCGGCGAUCAGCUUAUGGAAGAUGUGCUCCUUGAUUUCGACUGGGGAAACUUCGACUUGGAAAGCUAUCAAAACAGGAUCCGCUACGGGGAACACUUCGGGAUAUGUGCUGCGAAUGUGCUGGAAGCUGAAGAGGGCAUCAUCGUUUCUUAUCCAGACGUCGAGGAAUACCAAGAGCCACCGAGACAAUGUUGAUUUUUCUGGAUUAUUUUCAAACACGCUGACCGUGACGUGACUCUUCUUUGAACCUCGAGUGUUAAUAAAAUGUGAAAGCAAAAACGAUAA